AUGGUCAAUGCAAGUUUUAAUCGUAUUACAAACGUCUCCAGAAAUGAAGGAAGAAACCAUGAAUGUGCUGUAACUACGAAAGAUUCUGAUUCAGGCAGUAUGGGUACUUGGGAAAGUCAAAGAACAACUAAUAAUAACAAUAAGUUCCCAUUUUAUCUCAAACUUUCUAUCUUUGGUAUCUUAUUUUUGGCGUUGCAAUGCUUCACUGAGAAUAAUACCUUCGGAAAUUCAUUUGAUAGUGAAGGGAUAAACACAUACGGUGUAUCUUUUGAUUUAAGAACCAACAGAAACUUGGGAGAAUCAUUAAGAAAAGCAAAAGACGUCAAAGAAACAAUAUUAGAAGAAGAAACUAGCAGUGCUCCACGGGUUCAAGAAGUAGAUGAUGAAGAUGAUAAGAAAAAAAAGAAUAAAAAAUUGGCUGAGGAAAUGUAUAAGAAAAAGAUGGAAGAAAGAUUUAAAACAAUGUCUAAUAAUAGGCCUACACAUGUUCCAGGACCAAGCCAUCAACACAAUCAUCACCUCCCCAAAUUGUCUGAUCAAGAACUUAUGCAAUUAUUAAGAUUUUUACCACCACCACCACAAGCAAUGCAGAGAAGACCUGCAAAUCAGGGAGGCUCAAACGCAGGUGGAAGAUUACCAUUUGAAAGCCCUGAACAAAUGAUGCAAUUCUUAAGAUUUUUAAAUGAAACACAAAAUAUGAUGGGUAAUAAUGCAUGUUGUAAGUUAGGUGAAUGUGAUGAAGAAGAAGAGAUAGAAAAAAAAUCCGUUAUAAAAACCAUGAUAAGUGAUGCAUUUAAUGUAGUCCCAUUUCUUUUACCUGCCGUCCCCCCACUUUUGAUGAUGUUCAUUGGAACCCAAAGAACCUACUUAUUAUUAUACACGUUAUCCUUAGUAAAAGAUGCAUAUGAUAUCUUACAGAAAAUGAAAAAUUAA